AUGGAUCCGAAAGUGACAGUCCUUAGUUGGAACAUCAAAUCCAUCCAUUCCAACCAAUCAGACUUAAACAGAAUAUGUGACACAAACGACAUUGAUGUCGUUUUAUUAAAUGAAACCUGGCUACGUCCAGGUGUUAGAUGCUCUGUUCCCAAUUAUAAAGCUCUUCACAACAGACGCGAAGAUGGUAAGGGCGGAGUCUCGUUGCUGGUGAAGUCCUCGAUUGCUUCCUCCAUCUCCAUACCCAGCUUCAAACAUCCUACGAAUGCGCAAUUCGCACAAACCAAAAUUGACGGCCUGCUCAUAAUAUCUGCAUACAUCCCUCCAAAUGUAUACAUGAGACGGGAUGCCUGGGAUCGUCUUCUUUCAAAUGCUGAGCGGCCAUUCAUCCUGAUGGGUGAUCUGAACGCUCACCACUUGCACUGGGGUCAUGCCACAAACAACACCAACGGCAGGGAGCUGAUGGCAGCCAUACAUGCGCAUGGACUAGUCAUGCUGAACGACAUGCGACCAACCAGACUCAAACAGGGUUCUCCUUCCAUCUUGGACCUGUUGCUUGCAUCGCCAGAAGCGGCGCUCAAUCUGACUUCCAGCACCUGGCAAGACACCUUCGGUAGCGACCACUACCCCAUACUAUGCGAGUCCAGUCCUCCUCGUCAACAAGUCAUUCGUUCCCUACAGCCUUCAUCGUCCACUAGGAUCAACUCUAAAAGGAUUCGCUGGGAGAAGUACAGUGCUGAAUUGGAGCAGGAGUUCAACAACAACCCAGAUAUGGAUCUGGGCACUCUGACAUCUGUCGUCGUCGAGGCGGCCAAAGCCAAUUCAAAAUCCAAUCCAGCAACCAGGCAACUUCCAUCUUGCCCUUGGCGGGACGACGAAUGUUCAAUGGCUGUUGCCAAACGCAGAAGACUACUGAAAGUCUUUCACAACACCGGGAGAAUGACGCAUUUAAUAGCUGCCAAAAGAGCGAUAGCUGAAACAAAGAAAUUGUUGAAGUCCAAAAAGAGAGCUCACUUCAGAGCCUUUUGUGAGACACUAAGCAGGGAUUCUCCGAUUUCUUACGUUUGGAAGAAAGUGAGGGCGUUCAAUCACCACAAUAGGAAGACAACUCCUCUGAACAGAGAUGCGAACAAGGAAUGA